UAACAAAACAGAGUCGACUCAUCGAAGUUUGUGAAAAGUUUCUUGCUAGUUAUGUUAGGAAAGUGGCGAAUUUAUAAGCACAUAUGGCAAUAAAUAUAACGUUUUAUUAUGAAGUUGUAGAAUAAAACUGAAAUUYUAUUUACCGUCCGAGUCGAAGUAUCGAAACGGGGAAUAAAACGCAUUGUUCGAACUGGACCGCCUAACAAGGCUGCCGAGGAGAGCUGUGGUGGCACUGACAAGGCAAGCCAAACUCAAACAGUAGGAGAAAUGCAGCCUCGUGGACUGACGGGCAACUCUGUCUGAGGAUCUCUGUCUGGGGCUGUGGUCAUGUCUCUGGACAGACUAACAGUCGAAGGACAAACAACCUUACAAAAAAAGGGAAUAUUAGGAUUUUCCAACAAUUCUUGUUGUGAAGGUUCAGACCACUUCUCCUAGGUCCAUCAGAUGUUUUUUGACUUAGUUUUUUCAUUAUCACAAUUUUUCGGAUUAACUGGGAUCGUCCCACUUYCGAUCUUAAAUGGAUUCCGUUGGCUCUUUGGUUAGCAUUCAAGAUGAGGACCAGUCCUAUCGUGUCCGAUACAGGAUGGAGGCGUCUUGUCUGGAGCUGGCCCUGGAGGGGGAGCGGCUCUGUAAGGUGGACGACUACAGCGCAGGGGUGUCCUUCUUCGAGGCGGCCAUCCAGGUUGGCACUGAGGACCUGCAGGUGCUGAGUGCCAUCUAUAGCCAGCUGGGCAACGCCUACUUCCACCUGCAUGAUUACGGCAAGGCCUUGGAGUUCCACCAUCAUGACCUCACCUUGACCAGGACCAUCAGGGACCAGCAGGGAGAAGCAAAAGCCAGUGGUAAUCUAGGCAACACGCUAAAGGUGUUGGGUAGAUUUGAUGAGGCUUUGGUCUGCUGUCAGAGGCACUUAGACAUCGCCGUGGACCUGCACGACAAGGUGGGGCAGGCGAGGGCGCUGUAUAACUUUGGGAACGUGUAUCAUGCCAAAGGCAAGGCCAUCUGUUGGAGUGGAGCGGAGCCCGGAGAGUUCCCRGAGGAGGUCAUGACUGCACUUAGGAAAGCAGCGGAAUACUAUGAAGCAAACUUAUCCAUAGUGAAGGAGCUUGGAGAUUGUGCCGCCCAGGGCCGAACAUACGGUAACCUUGGCAACACACACUACCUGUUAGGAGACUUCCGGAAUGCAGUGGCCUCACAUGAACAGCGCCUCCAGAUUGCCAAGGAGUUUGGCGACCGCUCGGCYGAGAGAAGGGCCUACUGCAACCUGGGGAACGCCUAUAUCUUUCUGGGGGAAUUUGAAGUGGCAGCCGAGCAUUACAAGAGGACUCUGCAGCUGGCCAGACUGCUGAAGGACCGGGCUGUAGAGGCUCAGGCCUGUUACAGUCUGGGAAACACCUARACAUUGCUCCAGGACUACGAUAGGGCCAUAGACUACCACCUCAAACACCUCAUCAUCGCACAGGACCUCAACGACAGGAUCGGUGAGGGCCGGGCGUGUUGGAGUUUAGGGAARGCUCACACAGCCCUGGGGAACCAUGACCAAGCCAUGCACUUUGCUGAGAAACACCUGGAGAUCUCCAAAGAGACUGGGGACCGGAGUGGAGAGCUCACAGCCCGUAUGAACGUGUCAGACCUGCAGAUGGUCCUGGGGCUGAGCUAUAGAACCAACGACUCCACCCUGUCUGAGAACCCCAUCAAGGACAUCGACUACAAGCUGCACGGGGCCAGGCCCAGGAUGGGCAGACGGCACAGCAUGGAAAACCUGGAGCUUAUGAAACUCACCCCAGACAAGAUCAACGCUCAGAAGUGGACCAGUGACAUCCUGACCAAGCAGUCUAAACCCASCCUGGCUAAGAGCUCCUCUAAGAUGUUCUUCGUCAGCCGUCUGCGGAGCAAGAAGCACAAGGCUGGGGGCUCCAGUAAAGUCCUGCAGGACACCAGUAACACCUCACAGACCCCCGCACAGGGACCACAGAAGAUCAUAAUAAAGUAUUUAAUUCUCACUCAGAGGGCCAGUCCAGACAUGCUCGGGGACGAGGGCUUCUUUGACCUGCUGAGUCGUUUCCAGAGCAACAGGAUGGACGACCAGCGCUGUUCCAUACAGGACAAGAGCUCCUCUGACUCUCCAGCCAGAGCCAUGAGGAAAUCUGUGUCWGAGUCAGCGGCUGUAACAGGCCUGGGUUCUGGGUCUGGUUCCCAGGGUUGCCGGUUAGAGGACGGUGGAGGUGCUGGGGGUAGUUUGCCCGUCCUUCGGGUCCACCAGAACAAAAGCCAGGCUGUCCUCAGCCACCUGAUGGCCAAUGCAGAUGACGCUGAGCCUGACGAUGACUUCUUCAACAUGCUCGUCAAGUGCCAGGGUUCCCGUCUGGAUGACCAGCGCUGCGCCCCUCCCCCGGCACGUGGCCCCACUGUCCCAGACGAGGACUUCUUCAGCCUCAUCAUGAGGUCCCAGGCCAAACGCAUGGACGAGCAGCGGGUCACCCUGCCCUCUGCAGCACGGCCAUGCUCCAACUGAGCCUUGCCCAAGGAGAGGGCCCCCGAUGGCGGGGUGAAAACCCAGGAGAGUGGGCCUCUCUGGAGGUGAACAGUGUGGAAGAGGAAGGGUGUUUUGUAUUUGUCCACGACAUUGAUGCUAUUUUACAUUGAAAAGUUAGUCUAUGGUCUUUUCUCUCCGUAGCAGAGACUGUGUUGUUGGUAAUCAUCGAUAAUCCUGCCCAUGGUGGGAUUCAGAAGCCUCAUGUUUCCCAGUUGAAAGCACUGCUAGCAUUAAUGUAGGUGCCUAUAGGGAACCACAGUGGAACAGUCAGGAACUCUAAAAGAAACCCACUGAAGGGUUCUGGAAUAUGGAACCAUCUUUCCUUAUGGGGAAUACUCGACCUUGCACUCUAUUGGACAUGUUGUGAAACUGCACAGACAAACAUGAUGCCCUGAACCUACUCAUCUUAUGUUAAUUAUGUACUCCAUAGAAUUUUACUACCAUCACCUGAAAAUGUAUCUUUAGAUAUGA